GUCCCCCUUCAGGAGCCACCCAUGCUCUCAGCUCCAGCUGCCUUUACGGCUACCCCGAAGCUGCGCCCCGUCCUCUGGAAAGUCCGAGCGCCGCAGUUUGACAGGUCUCUCUGCUCUGGCUUCCGGAUCCUCCCCAUUCCUAGGGAGGAGGAGGAGAAAGAGGAGGAGGGUUGGUUUCCUGGUGACCACUAAGCUUCCAGUCCAGGGAAGAAGUAUCUGCAUGCUUGGGUUGCUAAACUCCCGAAGAAUCAUGCCUCUUCCAGAUACUAUGUUCUGCUCUCAGCAGAUUCAUAUUCCCCCGGAACUUCCAGAUAUCUUGAAACAGUUCACCAAAGCUGCUAUUAGAACUCAGCCAACCGAUGUAUUGCAGUGGUCUGCAGGGUAUUUUUCAGCUUUGUCCAGAGGAGAUCCCCUUCCUGUAAAGGAGAGAGUUGAAAUGCCAGUGGCUACCCAGAGGACAGAUACAGGAUUGACAAGAGGACUCCUUAAAAUUUUACAUAAACAGCUUGCUUACAAAAAAAUAGUGGACUUAAGAGAACUUCAGCAGAAGUGGAAAACUUUGUGCUUGCCAAUGGAAAAACUAAAAUUCAUUCUCAAAAUGGAUCCUGUUGAAGACAAAGUAGAGUGGAUGAAAUUUUUAGCACUUGGCUGUAGUGCUCUUGGUGGGACAUUACACAGUGCAAUGAAGCAAGCUUGUGAAAUUCUUACAGAAGAUCCUGAAGGCGGACCUGCUCGCAUCCCAUUCGAAACUUUUUCUUUCAUCUUCACUUAUCUCUCAGGAUUAGACCCCGAUAGAACUGAGAAGGAAACUAUCCUUUUCCUUAAAAAUCUUGAGGAAACAGUAGCCGAUAGGAAAGAAGGCAUGAUAGGAGUUUCAGAUUUCUUCAUAGAAGACAAGAAGAAAUUGCAAUAUCUUGCAAUUUAAGAAGCAGACAUAUGGGACUAGUUCAGAGAAGAAAACUCUUUUAGUCAAAUAGUGCUUAUAAAAGCUUAGCACAAAUACAGCUUUGCCUUAACCAGCAA